UUCGUAUCUAGAGUCCUGGACUUUCAUGGAGAUGGAGAUGGAAAAUUGCAGCGACGAUGCGGAAAUGCAGUUGGAGAAAGGGAAGAUGUUCGUGGAGAGCCUGGGGGAUAUCGUGAACCAGAUGCUUGCAAGGGAACAGGGUUGGGUCUCCCUCCUCCUCUCGGAACGCCACCACGUCCUCAACACCAUCCAAGAAUGCGCGGAUCGGAGCUGGGUCUUCUUCGAUUCCUCCUCGGACGAGCAGAACCUCACCAUCAGCAAUCAGUUCUUCGUAAUGCAGGUGACGAUGCACAACAAAGAAAUCCUGAUGGCCAAGCCUUCCCUGAAUUUCGAGUACGGCGGUUCGUCCAUCACGGUCCCCCGGGAGGCUCUGGAGGAGAUUGAGACGAGUCUGCACCGUCGCGUCGGGGUCGUCUUCGUCGGCUAUCUCAACUUCCAUUGCGUUCUUGCCCGCGUCGUGGAUCCCAAUUGCUUCGCCACCAAAGGAGGGUUUACGAAGGACAAUGAACUCCAGCGUCCUUCCUGGGCGACCUACACCGUGAACACGGAACUGGGCAACAGGACCACGAAGCAAGUGAAUUCGCUGGUGCUGGGAGUCACGAUCGGGAGCUACAACGCCACGUACAGCUUCAGUAGAAAGGCUUCUCCUUUCACCCACUUUCUCCAUCUCAACCCCGCGCCGUGA